AAAAUAAUAUAAAUUUAUAUAUAUUUUAAUAUUUAAAAUAUAAAUUAAAUUAUUUAUUUAGUACCUUUAUAAUAAUUAAAAUAAUAAUAUAAUUAUAAAAUGUUUUUUCAUACCUAAAGACAUUAAGGCCUGACUUUACCGGCUAGUAAUGUCUUACGCCUUUUAUAGCACCGCUUUUAUCACUGCUAUGGAGAAUUCCUGAACGACAUCCUCAGUUUCAUAAAUUAGGACUGCCAUGAAUGAAAUCGCUGCUAUGCUCCAUUUCUGCCUCGAAGAAUACGAUACGAGUCCUAGAGAAGAAGCUGUUGCUCAGAGACAUUUUGGAGAUGCGCUUCUCAACUAUCUGCUGCUCCUCCAGCCAACGGCUCUGCAAUUGGAAUUUGAGGAUCAAAGAGUUAUCGGCUUGUGGGAAAUGGCAACAAGUGCUAUCCCACUUCCAUGAAAUGAAAGUUGCUGGAGUUCAAUUAACAGACCCUUAUGUGUUCACUUGCAUUCUCAAAGCAUGCAAGAACCUCUCUUUCUCUGGUUGUGGAAAAUCCAUGCAUGGAGAGUUGAUCAAGAAAGGUCUUGAGUGGUACACUUCUAAUGGUAAUUCAGUUAUGGACUUUUACAUGAAAUAUGGGUACCCAGAAGCUGCAUUGGGUGUUUUAUUGAAGUGCAGAGAUUCAGUUUCUUGGAAUAUUAUGGUGUGUGGAAAUCUUGAACAGGGUUCUUCAGGGGAAGAAGGGUUGUGGUAGUUUAAAAAGGCCAGGCAUGCUGGGUUCCAACCCAAUAUUUCUACCUUGGUGCUUGUUAUUCAGGCUUGUCGUGCUUUGGGAGUGAAGCGUGAAGGAUAAAUUGCAGGUUAUGCAAUUCAAAAUGGGAUUUUUCCUAUUCUUUCGGUACAAAACUCUUUGUGAAGCAUGUUUGCAGAAUAUGAUGUGGACAGUGCUUGAAAACUGUUUGAUGAAAUGUAUGGAAGAUAUGUCAUCUCUUGGAGUGUGAUGAUUGGUAGUUAUGUGCAUAGUGAGGAAGCCCUAGUUGGAAUGCAGAUGUUUAGAAAGAUGUUAUCUGAGGUAGGCAUUGAACCAGAUGGAAUCACUAUGGUUAGUGUUAUAAAAGCAUGUCCGAAUUUAGGGGACACAAUUAUGGGUAUUUUAGUCCAUGGGAUGGCGAUCUGCAGAGGUUUUGAUUGUUGUAUGUUUGAACUCUUUAAUCGAUUGUAUUCCAAUUGCAAUGGUGCUGAUUCUGCAUUUAAAGUUUUCAUAGAGAUGCUUCGGAGGAAUAUUGUCUCUUGGAAUUCCAUCAUAUCUGGUUUUGUCCUUAAUGAGACGCAUUAUGAAGCUUUAUCAUUGUUCUAUUCUAUGGCUAUUGAUGGAAUUGAAGCAGAUGAGGUGUCUCUUGUGAAUAUUCUUCAGACCUGCAAGUAUUUUGUGGACCCAUUACAAUGUAUGCAUUCUGUAAUGAUCAGAAGGGGAUAUGAAUCAAACGAAAUGGUGCUAAAUUCUCAUGAUGUUUAUGCAAAGUGUAGUCUCAUUGAUCUUGCUCGAAAACUUUUUGGUGGGAUGAAGAGAAAGGAUGUGAUUUCAUGGAGCACUAUGAUUACGGGGUUCACCCAUUGUGGCAUACUUGAUGAGGCAAUUGCUGUCUUUCUAGAGAUGAGGCAGGCACAAGAGACGCCCUAUCUAAUAACCAUUAUAAACAUUCUCGAGGCCUGUUUCCGUUUUAGGCAACUAAAAAUAUCAAAAUGGGCUCAUGCGAUUGCCAUUAGAAGACUAUUGGCUGCAGAAGUACACGUUGGAACAGCUAUUUUUGACCUGUACUCAAAAUGUGGGGUAACAGAAGCCUCACGAGGGGCCUUUGACCAAAUUCUUGAAAAAAAUGUUGUGUCAUGGAGUGCCAUGAUAACUGCCGAUGGUAUGAAUGGUCUUGCACAUGAAGCAUUAGGUCUGCUUACUGAAAUGCAACUGCAUGGUGUGAAGCCAAAUGCUGUGACGCUCUGUGUGUUAUCUGCCUGUAGUCAUGGAGGCUUAGUUGAAGAGGGUCUUUCCUUCUUCAAAUCGAUGGUUCAAGAUUAUGACAUCAAAGCUAAAUUGGAACAUUACUCCUGCAUAGUCUACAUGUUUGGUCGAGCAGGAAAACUUAAUGCUGCAAGGGAUUUUAUCAAGAAAAUGCCAGAGGGAUUUAAGGCUGAUGAAAAAGCUUGGGGUGCACUCUUGAGCUCAUGCAGAAGCUAUAAGAACAGCAAGCUGGAUGCAGAAGCUGCAGCUCAUGGCCUUGAGUUGGGGCCAUUGAACUCAACAGGCUACUUACUAGCCGAGUAUAUAUGCUGCAGAAGGUUGGUGAAAGAAAGAGGCAUGAAGGUUGUUGCCGGUUACAGCAUAGUGCAUGGUGGUCACAAGGCAUGUAUAUUUGUUGCUUGAGAUGAGUCCCAUUCACAAGCUGGAGAGAUCAUUUUACAGUUGAGUUGUCGCAUGGUUUUAUGGAGGAGAACAAAAGUAUUGAUAUGAUUGUCAUUGAACAAUCACCGAACCUCCCAUCAAGGAGGCAUCUUCUGGUUUCUCAAUCUUUUCUCACCAUCUUGAUUGUUGUGAAAACAACCGUUAAUAUUCCAUUUUUUCUAGCGAGUAAAUGAACAUUUCACAAAGUAAGGUAAAGCAUUGUACUAUUAAGUCUACACAGAACCAAUUUACAAACAAGUCCUUUCUAAGAUCCAAAAGGCCAAAUCCAACACAUUCAUAAAUAACAUGUCUAGUAUCCUAAAAGAGCGGUGCUCAUUUGUUUCUAUAUAGGUUGCUUGCCAUAAACAGAGAUAUCAACAAAAUCCGAAUAUGAUAGGUACACAGAAACAACAGACAGACCGUUUCUAUGAGAUGAGAUAACUGCUUCAGCGGGUACCCAUGGGACUUGUUUGAGAAUUUCAUUUCCAUGCCAUACAGCGUGUCUUGCAGAUGGACAUUCUAGUUUUCCUCAAACUUUUGAUUCUUCUACAAGAGCCACUGCUGAACAAUGAAAAGCAGAAGGUCAAGGAACUUGGUGAUAAGCCAACAGAUAUCUUUGUUAAAUAAAGGAAUACAAUAAAAACAUUACCCUUCCUUUAUAUAAAACC